AUGGCCACUACAAAAUCAAAAAUAAAACAAACAAAAGAAGACUUAGAGCGACUUCAUUCUGAGUUACAAGAAUUGAAAUUAGAGGUAAACCAUCCUGAAUUUCAGAAAGAUAAAGAGUAUUUGAAGGAUAGGUUAACUAAACUCAGAGAUGAACUUGCUGGAAUCAUGGCUUUGAGAGAAGAAUGGUCAAAGCAAGGAUUAUCAAAUCUUCCUAAUCUAGAGACAGGUACGGCUUGUCAUUUGUUGGUAGCAGAAAUAAGUAAUAUGAUAGGUGGUAGUGUAAUAACUACAUCCUUUGAUACAGUAGGAAGAACAGCAUCGGUACCGAUAGUAACGACAAGUAGUAUAACUGAUCUACAGUUAUUUAAGAGCAAAGACCCAAUUGCUUCGGCUCCGCCAUCUUUUAUUACAUCUCAACCGGGUCCGAGUGGUGUUUUGCAAGGAAAACAAAGUGAUAUAUUUACAACAGCGAAAAUUUUCACACCAAAAGCACCCAGUACAUUGAAAUCAAUUUUCAAACCAAUACUUUCACCAAUUAUUCCAAAACCAACAGUUCAAUUUCAAACACAACAUACUCCAAUAACUACCAGUCAAACUCAAUUAUUUGAAACGAUUGAUUUUACAAAUCCAAUUCAGGAUGGACAAUAUCAAGAAACAAUUGUGCAUUCUCCUCCAGUCUAUCCUUUUCAAUAUGAACAAAAUUUGGAAUCAGAACCAAGAUAUACAAGACCAUUUAAUUUAAAAUGGGCAGAUAAAGUACCUAAGUUUGAUGGUAGUUACUUAAAUUUUCAUUCAUUUAUUAAUACUUUUAAUCACCAUGUUCAUUGUACCGACUGUGAUGAAUCAGGAAAAUUAUUGAUAUUAAGAGAAAAAUUAGAUCCAAAAUCAUUGCAAUUGAUUGCUGGUAUUCAUGAACCAUAUUAUAUGUUGGCAUAUAAUAUUUUAAUCAAACAUUAUUCAGAAACACAUCCAUUACAACAGAAGCUAAAGGCUAAAGUUGAAGAAUUGCCUGAAGUCAGAAUGUGGUUUCAAACAGAAAAGAUGAGAGAAAAUUUGGCUGUGAUCAAGGAUGUAUAUUAUGUUCUUGAACAAAGUGAAAGUAAUAGAUCAUUUUUGGAAACUGAAUUUUAUUACAUCAUAGCUUCAAAAUUUCCAAGAGAUGCUGUAAGAGAUCUUAUGCAGAAAUUCGGAUCAAAAUUAACAGUGAAGCAGUAUCUCACUAAUUUGUCUAUGUACAUUGAUCAGAAUGAAAAACAACAAACUAUAUUAUCUAAAACAAAUUAUAUGUCAAUAAGAAGUAAUCAAAGACAAACAUUUCGACAACCACAAUCAUCUUCUCAAAACCCUUUUUCACGAAAUAUGAAUCCUAAUCGAUUCAACAGAAAUCAACAACCUAAAGUUACAUUUCCUGAUGAAUCACCUAAUAAACCAUUAAGCAUUAAAAAUAAUCCUUCAUCUUCUAUACCACAAAUUACAUACAACAAAAAUUUACAACAAGAUUCAAGGGAUAAAAAUACCUUUCAAGAUAGAAAUCAAAAUGAAAUAAGAAAAUGUUUCUUUUGUCAUCAAGAUCAUAUACCAAUUAAAUGUGAUAAACCAGUUAAAGAAAAACGAAAAAUUCUCAAUAGUCAAAAAAGAUGUAUGCGAUGUUUUUCUUCGUUUCAUAUUUUAAAUGAUUGCCCGUUAACAUUCACAUGUAGACUCUGUAAAGGAAAUCAUAACACAUCCAUUUGUGAAAAUAAAGAAAAAUAUCCGGCUCAUAAAUUAAAUCAUAUAAAGAAAAAUGAGGUCGGCCCAACGAAGAUUUUGGUAAGAUUGAAUGGUCAUCAAGAAUUUGCACUUUAUGAUCCGGGAGCCUCUCAUUCUUUCUUAAAUUCAGAACAAUGCAAAUAUUUAAAUAUUCCAAUUGAACCAUAUUCAUCAGUAGUCAAACAAGCAGUUACAUAUUCAAAAAUUACUGGAAAAGUUAAUAUCAAAGUUAAUAUUGGGGAAAUUGAAGAAGAUCAUACAUUUUAUGUAAUUCCCAAAAUUAAACAAAUAAUAAUUGGAAUUGACUUAAUAGACAAAUUCAAAAUUAUAAGAUUUCCUUAUGGCAAAAUGUUUCAAUAUUUGGAAGAUAAA